AUGGAGAACGUUUCACACAGCGCCUGGCCACUCAACGGGUCCUCCGGGCUGCCCCCUUCCAGCAGUGUCGAAGGCUACACCAAGUACACCGUGUCCACCCUCCUGGCGCUCAUUGUGUUCGUGGGCACGACGGGAAACCUGCUGCUCCUCCUGGUUCUGAUAGACAGCAAGAGGGGGCGUCUCGGCCCCAUCAACCAUCUGACCAACAUGUUCGUCAUUAAUAUCACGGUGUCGGACCUCUUCCUUCUCCUGUACAAUAUCCCCGUGGCGUUUUUCAAGAAGGUCUUCGAGGGCUGGCGUUGGGGCGCGGCGGUGUGCGUCUCCCAUUCAGCGCUCAGCACCCUCACCAUAUUCAGCAGCUUCUACAGCAUGGUGGCCAUCGCCGUCCUCCGCUUCAUCUCUGUGGUGUACCCCAUGCGUGCGCUGGCCCUCAGGCAGAGACACGGCUUUGUAAUGAUUCUCAUUUGGGGGGCGGCGUUCGUUAUAAGCAUCCCGUCGUGGAUGUACAACAAAUUAGUCGAGAGAGACGGUGCAGAGACCUGCGUAAACACCAUGGAUGCGCGCCAGGGCUCACUUCUGUUAACUUUAAUAGGCGGCAUCUGCUUUUUCCCACCUAUGCUGCUCAUGAUCGUCCUGUACACCAAGGUCAUCUUCUCGCUCUGGCACCGAGAGGCGGUGGCAGCCAAUGCGAACCUCCAGAUGAACAGAAACGCCACCGUUACCAUUAUAACAGUCCUGGUGGUUUUUGUGGUCAUGUGGGUCCCGUGCUGGGCGAUUAUGUUUUGUUUGACAUCUCAGCGGCUGUCUCACUCCUCUUCGUCUCUCAUCAUCGACCUGGCCGUGCUACUUUCGUAUGCAAACACCUGUGUGAACCCCAUCAUUUUUUUCUCGUGCUCUGACCAGUACAAGCGGGCUCUUAAAAGAGCGCUCAGAAGGUGCUGCGGACGAACACCGCCGCCUCUCCAAAAAUCCCAUUGCGACGCGACGUCAAAACUGUGA